UUUUCUCUCUCUCUCCUUUACUUUUCUCUCUCUCUCUCUCUUUACUGUUUUUCUCUCUCUCCCCUCUCUUUACUGUUUUCUCUCUCUCUCUCUCUUUACUGUUUCUCUCUCUCUCCCUCUCUUUACUCUUUCUCUCUCUCUCUCCCCUCUCUUUUUUUUUUUUCUCUCUCUCUCUCCCUCUCUGUUUCUCUCUCUCUCUCUUUUCUCUCUCUCUCUCUCCCUUUUUUUCUCUCUCUCUCUCUCCCACUCUCUUUACUGUUUUCUCUCUCUCUCUCCUGUUUUCUCUCUCUCUCUCCUGUUUUCUCUCUCUCUCUCCUGUUUUCUCUCUCUCUCUCCUGUUUUCUCUCUCUCUCUCUCUUCCUGUUUCUCUCUCUCUCUCUCCUGUCUUUUCUCUCUCUCUCUCCUGUUUUCUCUCUCUCUCUUUACUGUUUUCUCUCUCUCUCUUUAUUUUCUCUCUCUCUCUCUUUACUGUUUUCUCUCUCUCUCUCUCUCUUUACUGUUUUCUCUCUCUCUCUUUUUGUUCUCUCUUCUCUCUUCUCUCUCUCUCUUUUACUGUUUUCUCUCUCUCUCUCUCUCUCUUUCUUUACUGUUUCUCUCUCUCUCUCUUUAUCUCUCUCUUUUUUUCUCUCUCUCUCUUUUACUGUGAUCUUUCUUCUAUCAUUUUUUCUUUUUACUUUUUUGCUUUUCAAUUUUUUUUCCCUCCCCUCCCUCCAUUUUCUCUUUCUAGCUCCUUUUCCCUUUCUUCUAUAAUUCAUUCUGAAUAUUAUUCACAACACAAGCUUAAUAUACACAGUAUCAUUAUCUCUUUCCCUCUUCCUUUGUCUCUCUGUGCCUCCUUCCCCCCUGUUUCUCUGUGUGCCUCCUUCCCCCUGUUUCUCUGUGUACCUCCUUCCCCCCCUGUCUCUCUGUGCCUCCUUCCCCCUGUCUCUCUCUGUGCCUACUUCCCCCUGUCUCUCUGUGCCUCUUUCCCCCCUGGCCCUCUCUUUGCCUCCUUCACCCCUGGCUCUCUCUCUCUCUCUCUUUGCCUCCUUCACCCCUGGCUCUCUCUCUCUCUUGCCUCCUUCACCCCUGGCUCUCUCUCUCUCUCUCUGUGCCUCCUUCCCCUGGCUCUCUCUCUCUCUAUCUGUGCCUCCUUCACUCUCUCUCUCUCUGCCCCCUUCACCCCUGGCUAUCUCUCUCUCUCUCCCACUCUGUGUGCCUCCUUCCUCCCUGGCUGUGCCUCCUUCCCCCCCUGGCUCUCCCUCACUCUGUGUGCCUCCUUCCCCCCCUGGCUCUCCCUCACUCUGUGUGCCUCCAUCCCCCCUGGCUCUCCCUCACUCUGUGCCUCCUUCCUUCCCCCUGGCUCUCCCUCACUCUGUGCCUCCUUCCCCCCCCUGGCUCUCCCUCACUCUGUGCCUCCUUCCCCCUGGCUCUCCCCUCACUCUGUGUGCCUCCUUCCCCCCCCUGAAGCUCUCCCUCCUCCUGUGUGCCUCCAUCCCCCCCUUACCUGGCUCUCCCUCACUCUGUGCCUCCUUCCCCCCUGGCUCUCCCCUCACUCUGUGUUUGCCUCCUUCCCCCCAUUAACUCUCCCUCCCUCUGUGUGCCUCCUUCCCCCUCUCUCCCCUCCCUCUGUGUAUAUCCUUCCCCCCCUGGCUCUCCCCUCACUCUGUGUGCCUCCUUCCCCCCGGGCUCUCCCUCCUUGUGUGCCUCCUUCCCCAGGCUCUCCCUCACUCUGUGUGCCUCCUUCCCCCCCUGGCUCCCUCCUCUCUGUGUGCCUCCCCCCCCUAUAUUCUCCCCUCCCUCUGUGCCUCCUUCCCCCCCCCCUGGCUCUCCCUCACUCUGUGUGCCUCCUUCCCCUGGCUCUCCCUCAUUCUGUGUGCCUCCUUCCCCCCAGCUCUCUCUCCUCUCUGUGCCUCCUUCCCCAAGGCUCUCUCUCAUCUGUGUGCCUCCUUCCCCCCCAAAAAUCUCUCCUCUGUGCGCCUCCCCCCCCAGCUCUCUCUCCUCUGUGCCUCCCCAGCUCUCUCUCCCUCUGUGUGCCUCCCCCCCCAGCUCUCUCUCCUCCCCAGCCUCUUCCCCCCCUCUCUCUCUCUCUCUGUGCCUCCUUCCCCCAUCUCUCUCUCUCUCUCUCUGUGUCUCACCAUUCCCAUUCUCUCUCUCUCUCUCUCUCUCUCUCUCUCUCCCUCUCUCUCUCUCAAACUUUCUCUCUCUCUCUCUCUCACCAUUCCCUCUCUCCCUGUGUCUCACCUUUCCCUCUCUCUCUCUCUCACCUUUCCCUCUCUCUCUCUCACCAUUCCCUCUCUCUCUCACCACAUUCCCUCUCUCUCUCACCAUUCCCUCUCUCUCUCUCACCAUUCCCUCUCUCUCUCUCACCAUUCCCUCUCUCUCUCACCAUUCCCUCUCUCCCUCUCUCUCUCAUAUUCUGUAUAUUUAACUGUUUUGAUCUAUUUUUCAUAUUAGAUGGAUAUUUGUUUUUUCUCCCCCCCUCUGACUUUAUUUUGCCCCUCCCCCCCUGUCACUUUGCCCUCUCCCCCCUGUCACUUUGCCCCUCUCUCCCCCCUGUCCUUUGCCCCUCCCCCCCCUGUCCCUUUGCCCCUCUCCCCCCCCUGUCACUUUGCCCCUUUACUCAUUCUCUCUUCCUUCUACUCUUAUUUAUUUCUAUUCAUUUUUAUAAUUACUUUUAUCUCUAG